CAGCGGAACCUUUCUUUUUUUUCUCCUUGUGCCGAGCCCCAACACGGAACUUAUGAAGGCUACACACACACACAGUGUAUCCGCUGCUAGCCUCGCCGGCUCCUGCUGACAGCUCGCUCACCUUUACCUGUACACGUCCUGCUGUUUGAUCCGGUCACCUGCACACACAGGUGGAGGACAGUGAGCGCGCGGUCCGCGUGCUGAAACAGUUCCCGCAGCUCGAGGCUAAAACAUGAGAGCAGAGUGCGUGUCGUCUGACUGAGCUCUUGCGUAGCCAUGGAGAAGCCCUGGAGGCUGUGGGCGGCAAUGGAGCGCUGUACCCUGACUCUGGCCUCCUGGUCCUGGGGUGCUUGCCGAGUCUCCCUCUUGGCCCUCAUCCUCACCUUCCACCUGUACGGAGGCUUCUUUCUCCUAGCUCUUAUCCUCGCCUCCGUGGCGGGCAUCCUCUACAAGUUUCAGGACGUGCUCCUCUACUUCCCCGACCAGCCCUCCUCCUCUCGCCUUUACGUUCCCAUGCCGACAGGGAUCCCGCACGAGAACGUGUACAUCCGCACCAAGGACGGCGUGAAGCUGAACCUGAUCCUGCUUCGCUACACAGGAGGGGACUCGCCUCCCGGAGGCGCCUCUGGGAAUCAAAGCAGCCCCGCUUCCUCUGCCCCACCCACCAUCCUUUAUUUCCACGGCAACGCGGGUAAUAUUGGUCACAGAGUGCCGAACGCCCUCCUCAUGCUGGUCAAUCUGAAAGCAAACGUCGUGCUGGUGGACUAUCGCGGAUACGGAAAAAGUGAGGGCGAGCCCAGCGAGGAUGGGCUGUACCUGGAUGCCGAGGCCACGCUGGACUACGUCAUGACGCGUCCCGAUCUGGACAAGACGAAGGUGGUGCUGUUCGGCCGCUCCCUAGGGGGCGCCGUGGCUGUGCGCUUGGCGUCGGUCAACCCUCACCGCGUGGCAGCCAUCAUAGUGGAGAACACCUUCCUCAGCAUCCCCCACAUGGCAUCGACACUCUUCUCGUUCUUGCCCAUGCGCCUGCUGCCCCUGUGGUGCUACAGGAAUCAGUUCCUGUCCUAUCGGCAGGUGGCGCUGUGCCGCAUGCCCUCGCUGUUUGUGUCCGGCCUGUCGGACCAGCUCAUCCCACCGGUCAUGAUGAAGCAACUGUAUGAGCUGUCGCCUGCGCGGACUAAACGCCUGGCUAUCUUUCCCGAGGGCACGCACAACGACACGUGGCAGUGUCAGGGCUACUUCGCUGCUCUGGAGCAGUUCAUUAAAGACCUGAUGAAGAGCCACGCCCACGAGGAGAGCGCUCAGCCCUCGGCCAGCGUCACCAUUAUCUGAAAAUAUGAAAAUAAAAACCGACUGCAGGUUAUGGACUGGAGGAAGUGAAGGCUGUUGAAUCGGAUGGACUCAAUUGAUUUUUUGGGAAAGAAUGUAUGUUUAUGUUUUCUGUCUUUUGUUUUAUUUCACUCUUUCUACCUUUCUGUAAAUGUAAGAUGAUUUGACUAUUUCAGCGUUUUAGGAGAGGGGGUUCUUUUGUGUUGCAGCUAUGAAUGCAUGUAUUUAUGACCUCUUUAUGAAUGAAGCCAGAGCAUACAUGCCCGCGCCGCGAGACACGUCACAACCACGAAAGAGUUUGCCGUCAUGGCUCUACUGAAAUGAAUUAAAAUCACUGAAACAAUCGCUCAUAUUAUGAGGACCAGUGAAAACCUCUUACUACUGGAACUAAAACACCUCUUCUGAUCUACAAAAUGAGACACUGGUCAUAUGUAGGCCUUUACUGUGUGUGUAUAUAUAAAUAGAUAUAUAUACAUCUUUGUUAAUCCAUUGCACUUUUCUUUGUUCAGAUUUACCCAAUUUCUGAACAAUACCUGAAAGGCAUCAGGAUGUUUGUUUUGUUUUCCUCUCUCCCUGUUUGGCGAGGAACAUUAAUAUUUACUUAGUACUCGAGUACCCGCAGCAGCUUGGCAUGACACGACGCUGUAGCGAUCAAUAUUUAUGUACGCCCUGGAUAAAGUUCAUCCGGCACAAAGACCCAACUCUGCAGCCACAAAAAGGGUCGAGUUGAAGUGGACAUGUUUGUUACUCCUGCCUAUUAAAAUAAGUUCUUGAGAUCUUAUUUCCUGUCGAGCCACUUCUGUUUCAGUGCGGUUGGGGAGACGGGUUAGCGUGUCCUGUCCGGACACAGCGAGGACACGGGGGGGAUCGGCUUCACUCUUAAACGGGUUGCUUGUUGCCUCCUGUGCUUUUGGUAAGGGGCUUUUCUUCUGCAUUUCUUUCUUUUGUUCCCCUUGCGUGUGGUCUGUUAUUAAAGGACGGGUUGGCAUUUCUUCAGGUCUCUGUACUUUUAACACACGAGUUAUCUGUCCCUGUGAUCUUCUUCCUGUCUGUAUUGACCGUAAAAAAGAUGAGUCACGAAGAGGGAAGAGACGAGGGGGGAACAAAAAGUAUUUUUAGUGGAUUAAAUUUCACUUGUCUGACUUUGGGUAUUUUCCAUGUUUCGAGUGGAGCACUUCCUCUUUGUGUUAUUAAUUCUCCGUUCAGAUCAACAAGGAAACACUGUCCAAGAGACACAUUGUUUGACUCUCUGGAACUGCUCACGUCUCUUAUUAACUUUAGCCUGGACUUUGGAGUCACGCGAGUCCAGUACAGACGGGAGGAACGAUUGCAGCAAUGACUCUUUGAACACACAGUCAUAUGUGGGUGUGUGUGUGUGUAAACUGUAUUAAGAUCUUUACUCCACACUUAUCCUUUUAAGCACCGGAAAUUGUGUGACUAUUUUGUUUAGCUCUUCACAUCGGCGUCACAGACAACUGGAGUCGUCUCGCCCCGACGCUCGUGGGCAAAAAUGGCUUUACUCACUCGGAGGGCUUUUAAUGAGCUAAUUAACCUUUCCUGCAUGUCUUCCAGGGGGUGGAGCAGAGCCUGACAACACUGUUCUCUGCUCUUUCCUAAUGCAGCACGCUGCACUGCAUAGUGGUAUCAAAGCCAUUCGAAUACAGAUCUCCUCUCAGCCAUACUCGCUACUGUUUGUUAACAGUACGCGAAACAAAAAUUCAACAUCAAGAGACCAAAAUGAGUUUGUGUCAGUGUGAUAACAACUUGAAAACUGGUCUAAAGGCUACUAUGAAUGUAAAGUGUGGUCUUAAAUUAACAAGUGUGUUUUCUAAGAAACGAUGUAAAGGUUUGUUUUGUUUCUUUUUCUUCCUUUUUGUGACUUUUUAGCCGCCAGAAACUGUUUCCGACUUUUUUUGUAUUAUAUCAAAUCCAUAAGCUGAGUUUGGUGCAUUCAAUGUAAUUAUUAUUAUUAUUAUUAUUAUUAUUUUUAUUCCUUCGUGUGUCGUUAUAGAGCAAACUGUGCAAUCUUGAAUUCAAAAAAACGUACACUCAUGUAGUGGCAUAUGCUUCUUUUUUACGCACUUCUGCUGAUGGUUCUUUUAUAAAAAGGAAGUAAACAAACAUACAGGAACUUGUCAUCAUACACUUGAUUUAUUGUUUUGGUGCCUGGCCCAGAGCAAAGUUAAUAAUAACAAUAAUAACUAGAACAUUGGCUUUUUGUCUGAGCCGAGUGUGCUGUUACUGUCGAGAAACCGAAUCGAACUGAAUGUCUGUUCUUUUUGUUUUUCUAUAUGAAUAAAAUCCUUUACCAGGUGUCGUGCAGAUACACUACAGAACAUACUUUUCUAUGUUUUAUCCGAUUGUGAAUAGAGUGGAACAAAUGCCGUGGGAAAGCGUCCGGCAUAAUAAUUUGGAUUUUUGCAUUCACGAGCCUGCAUGUGAUUUCCGUUGAGUCUUGGCAAAAUGUCUGUAAGGAGCCCUGCAACAGUGUUGAUUGACAUUAUUCGUGUACAUCUUCCAUGACGUCGGCAGACAUCCGAAUGAGUCAUCUUUGCGUUCAGUACGAAGCUUUGAGGGGUUUUCCAUUUCAAAGUAAGGUUUCUUUUCUAUUUCAAGACGAUGUUGA